AUGGGAUCGCAUUGUAAGCGAUUAGGAGGGGAGGGACGACACCACCACAGCCUCCACUGUAAGAGUCAUAUACCACACCAUUCACUGUAUGUCCAGUCGUGGGAAUCAAGGGUUUCGCGAAUAGACUACAAGUUUCACUUCUCAGCCGAAAUUAUUGGCAAUAAGAAACCAAACGAAAGGCCACUUUUGCGGCACCGGAGGAGUAGCGAUGAGUACUCGUCCAUAACGGACAGGGAUUUGCUGUCCAAACAGAAACCAAACGAAAGGCCACUUUUGCGGCACCGGAGGAGUAGCGAUGAGUACUCGUCCAUAACGGACAGGGAUUUGCUGUCCAAACAGUACACAUUAGUGAAUACGUUCGGUGGGGUCGACAUACUGGGCGACGUCCGGCAGUACAGGACCGGCAAAAUAGACACUCGAGAUUUCGGGCAAAACAUACAUUUCGGAUACAAAGACCGUAUCCUUCCCGGAGAGAAGGAACGGGCGCUCAAAGAGCUACAGACCCAGGCGUUGAAGGGCUUGAUUCGGAUGGUUAACCAAAUGCUCGAGUAG